UGAACACAGUUGACACUGAUAAUGUUGGCUAUUUGGAAAUGAAUAUUUAUUGACCUGAUCGCCUGUAGUUAGAUAUUAUAACUGUUUGCAGAAAUUGGGAGCUUAAAAUUCUAACAAAGCAUUUCCAAAUGGAAGAAAACAAUGCUGAGUAUACAGCUUUGGGACAUGGCUUGCCUCCAGGUUCAUAUACUCGCGAUAAAAUUUCACUGCUACCUCUGGUAUUUCUCAUAUUCUAUGAGGUUUCCGGGGGGCCUUUUGGCGUAGAAGACAGUGUCCGAGCUGCGGGUCCUCUACUAGCCCUUGUUGGCUUCCUGGCAUUCCCACUGGUAUGGAGUGUCCCGGAAGCACUAUUGACAGCGGAAUUGGGAACCAUGUUCCCAGAGAAUGGAGGUUUUGUGGUUUGGGUUUCUUCGGCUUUGGGACCUUACUGGGGAUUUCAGCUUGGUUGGCUGAAGUGGCUGAGCGGAGUCAUUGACAAUGCACUUUACCCUGUUUUGUUCCUGGACUAUCUGAAAUCAGGAAUUCCUGCUCUAGAAAGCGGAUUGCCUAGGGCGGUGGCAGUCCUUGCUUUUGUGGUUCUCCUCACUUAUUUGAACUACAGAGGCUUAAGCAUCGUGGGGUGGGCUGCGAUAGCCCUGGGGGUAUUCUCAAUCCUCCCUUUUGUGCUUAUGGGACUUAUUUCGAUUCCAAGGUUGCAGCCUAAAAGAUGGUUUGUGGUUGACUUGCAAAGAGUUGAUUGGAGUUUAUACCUGAACACUCUCUUUUGGAACUUGAACUACUGGGACUCGAUCAGUACCUUAGCCGGAGAGGUUGAGAAUCCUGGCCAAACUCUUCCAAGAUCUCUCUUUUAUGCUGUCAUUCUUGUUGUUUUUGGGUAUGUUUUCCCACUUCUAAUUGGUACAGGUGCUGUCCCACUUAAUCAGGAGCUCUGGACUGAUGGUUAUUUCUCAGAUAUUGCUAAAUUUCUAGGAGGGGUAUGGUUAAGAACGUGGGUGCAAGGAGCAUCUGCUAUGUCAAAUGUGGGCAUGUUUGUGGCCGAGAUGAGCAGCGACUCCUUUCAGCUCUUAGGGAUGGCUGAACGAGGAAUGCUUCCCGAGUUUUUUGGCAAGAGGUCUCGCUAUGGAACACCGAUCAUCGGUAUCCUGUCCUCUGCAUCUGGUGUUAUAUUUCUGUCAGCAUUGAGCUUUCAGGAGAUUGUAGCUGCAGAAAACUUCUUGUACUGUUUUGGAAUGCUUGUGGAGUUUGUGGCAUUCAUGAAGCUGAGAGUAAACUAUCCAGCAGCGACUCGGCCUUACAAGGUACCAUUAGGUACGACUGGAGCGAUCUUGAUGUUCAUUCCUCCAACCUUGCUAAUUUUUGUAGUUUUAGCUGUGGCUCCUCUGAAGGUGAUGAUGAUUAGCCUUUCAGCUCUCGUGAUUGGGCUAGUCUUGCAGCCUUGUUUCAUUUACUCGGAGAGAAAAGGAUGGUUAACAUUCUCCAGAAGUCCUGACCUUCUGGAUCUCCAUGAUGCUAACUUUGAUUUUUCUAGACCUUCAUGACAAAUCCAUAUCCUAAGAGUGCAAAUGUGCAUGGCAUGUCAGUUUAAGCUUUAAAGACUACUCUCGUUGGAAUAGUGGUUUUUCCAGACUUAAAUCCUUGUUUUAACAAAUAAGACCGAACAUGCCGAAUUUGAUAUAGAAAACUG